UCGGCAAAGUGAUAGAGGAUCCGAAACCCUAAAUUGUAUCGUCGACGCGCCGACACGUCUCGUGGAUAGCAGACGCGCGUCGAGAUAGAGAACGCCUGUUAGGAACGUCGUCUUUGUCGCGGUUCUAGCUUUGCAUAAUCGUCUCGCGUGUAGCGGAUACUCGCGAUCGUGGCGGAUGCGAUAUCGCGCUUUCGCGAUCCACCUUAGAUUCCGCCAACUUUUACGCCUCUAUUCGAAUGGUAAUAAUGGUGCUCGUCGAUUAUCGAGGCGUGAAAAAAUUCGCACAGUUAGCAGCCGACGUUCUAUAUAGACGAAUGGAAGCGACAUCAAAAAUGGAGUCUAUGGAUAUAGCAGCAGAACCCACUAUUCUGGAGAAAGAUGUUGGCGCAUCAUCUUGUAAGGAAUCUGUAUCCGUCGAUGAUAUGACUUCGAGAGACUAUUAUUUUGAUUCCUAUGCUCACUAUGGAAUACACGAAGAAAUGCUAAAGGAUGAAGUACGCACUGUGACUUAUCGUAAUUCAAUGUAUCACAACAAACAUCUCUUCAAAGGGAAAACGGUUCUUGAUAUUGGCUGCGGCACCGGUAUUCUCUCCAUGUUUGCAGCUAAAGCUGGUGCAGCUAAAGUCAUCGGUAUCGAAUGCUCGAAUAUCGUCGAAUAUGCAGAGAAAAUAGUAGAAGCGAACAAUCUUUCCAAUAUUAUAACAAUACUUAAAGGAAAAGUCGAAGAAGUUUCAUUGCCCGAUGGAAUAGAGAAGGUCGAUAUAAUAAUAUCCGAAUGGAUGGGAUAUUGUUUGUUUUAUGAAUCCAUGUUAGACACAGUUCUCUUUGCCAGAGAUAAGUGGCUUCGUGAAGAUGGUAUGCUUUUUCCUGACAAGGCGACUUUGUUCAUUUGUGGGAUUGAAGACAGACAAUAUAAAGAUGAGAAGAUUAAUUGGUGGGAUGAUGUAUACGGAUUUGACAUGAGUAGCAUAAGGAAGGUGGCAAUUAGCGAGCCACUAGUGGAUGUUGUUGAUCCUAAACAAGUCGUUACAAAUGCAUGCCUAAUCAAAGAAGUUGAUCUUUACACUGUGACAAAAGCGGAUCUUGAAUUUUCAUCGCCAUUUACUCUGCAAGUUCGUAGAAACGAUUAUGUUCAAGCCCUAGUUACAUUCUUCAACAUCGAAUUCACUAAGUGCCACAAACGUAUUGGCUUCAGUACUGCACCGGAAGUGCCAUAUACACAUUGGAAGCAAACUGUCUUUUACUUCGAUGAAUACAUGACAGUGAAGAAAGGAGAGGAAAUUUACGGCGUAUUUUCGAUGAGGCCCAAUGCCAGGAAUUAUAGAGAUCUGGAUUUCAGCAUCGAGUUGGACUUUAAAGGAGAAUUGUGUCAAGUACACGAAACUAAUAACUAUCGUAUGCGCUGAUAUUCAGUGGAUUGUGCGUCUUCUUCCCCUUUUUUUUUAUAGCUCAUGAAAAAUCAUUUAAUCAAACCUGGAAUCGAUUCGCUACUAAUUAUAAACGAUCACAAUUUCAAAUAACAUGAUCGAUACACGUAUCGAUGAUGAUACAUGAGCUGUCAGUUUUGCGAAUCUUUAAUUUCUUUAAAAAUGAUGCUUCCUGAUUAAGCGUUUAAUGUAAUGACUUUUAUAGACAUUCUCUGAUAAACGUGCAAAUCUGGUGAAUCUAUCAUAUUUAUAACACUAAAUUCGGACAAACGACGAGAUAUUGUAGUAAGAAAAUAAACGAAUUUUUGCGCACAACUGAAAACCAUCAGUUUGAUUGUAAAAAGAAAAAGAAAAAAAAAAGGAAAAGAAAAACUUUUUGAAACCUUAAGCAUGAAUGUGUCUUUAUGAUAUCUUAUCGUGAUGUUAAGACAAACUACUUGUGUAUGUAUAAUUAAUAAGUCUGACAUAUAAUAAAAUAUAAUUGUGCGCCAAAA